CAUUUCAUCAAUUUUGUUCCCCUACUUUUACACACACACACACACACACACACUUCAUUCAGAAUCAAAAUCAAAUUUCCUUAAAGCGUCAAACAAGUUUCAAAACUUCCCCUGAAAAUAAUAAUCCAAUUCCAAUUCCAAUUCCUGCACACAGUUCACACACUCAUCCCCAAAAACUUCCAUACCAGAAAUAUGGAUUAAUAAACUUACCCUUCCAUCUCCCUGUUCUGUAAUUUGACGACGAUCUUACACUUUCUUUCUGCGAUAUUUCUUCUUGUACCAAGCAGAAAAAUCGAAUGUUAUUAUCAGAUUUUCGUUGGCAUUGCGGCGAAUAUUUCUGAAACUCUUAAAACCGGGUUUCAAUUAGGGUUUUAUUUUCGAUUACUUGAUCAACUGUCUUUGUUUUGGUUGGGUUUUUUCUUAGUUUAUAUUUUUGUGGAUAGUAGGAAGUUCGGUAUUGAAAUUUCGUACAAUUAGUUCUGAAUACCAUCUUUUGUAUUUUCCCCAAGUAUAUAGUAUAUCUGUCAUAUAGUUGCCGCCUUUUCUUCACUUUCUCUUCCUCUUCAUUAGGGUUUGGUUUGGAUGCACACUGCACUAUAUUUUGGGGAAGAAAUUUGCAUUCCUGUGCUGUAAACUACAUCUUUUGUGGGUGGGUUUGAAGAAAGGUUGGCUUGUUAGUUUGAGUUUGGCAAGUAAAGAGAGAAAAAUAUUGCUUCUUUUGUAGUCUUAGUUGGGGUGUGGAAAAGGUACUAGUGUAUGGGAGAAAAUGAGGGAUGGGUUGAGCCGGGACCGCCAUUGCCUAAUGGGCUCUUGCCCGGGGCAGGUUCUGUUAUGCGGGCCCUCGAUACAGACCGAUGGGUGAAAGCAGAGGAGCGGACUGCGGAACUCAUUUCCUGCAUUCAGCCCAACCAACUGUCCAUCAUGAAGUGUUUCCCCUGCCAGGUCUGUACAUUUGGUUCCGUUCCCUUGAAGACUUAUCUACCUGAUGGAGACAUUGAUUUGACUGCUUUCAGUCACAACCAGAGUUUGAACGAUACAUGGGCUCAUCAGGUCCGAGAUAUGCUAGAGAGUGAGGAGAAAAAUGAAAAUGCUGAAUUUCAUGUGAAGGAGGUUCAGUAUAUUCAAGCAGAAGUGAAGAUAAUUAAAUGUCUUGUGGAAAAUAUUGUGGUGGACAUAUCUUUUAAUCAAGUUGGUGGCUUAUGUACUUUGUGCUUCCUUGAUGAGGUUGAUAAUUUGAUAAAUCAGAAUCAUCUGUUCAAGCGUAGUAUUAUAUUGAUCAAAGCAUGGUGCUACUAUGAAAGUCGUAUAUUGGGUGCUCAUCAUGGACUUAUAUCUACUUAUGCCCUGGAGACUCUAGUUCUUUACAUCUUUCAUGUGUUCAACAAUUCGUUUCAUGGACCACUUGAGGUCCUAUAUCGUUUUCUGGAGUUCUUCAGCAAUUUUGACUGGGACAAUUUUUGUGUUAGCUUAUGGGGACCUGUACGCAUUAGUUCCCUACCUGAUGUAACCGCGGAACCUCCGCGGAAGGAUAGUGGAGAAUUGCUACUCAGCAAGUUGUUUCUUGAUGCAUGUAGCUCUGUGUAUGCUGUUUUCCCUGGUGGCCAGGAAAAUAAUGGACAGCCAUUUGUCUCCAAACAUUUUAACGUAAUUGAUCCUUUACGUGUAAACAACAACCUUGGACGUAGUGUUAGUAAAGGUAAUUUUUUUCGAAUACGAAGUGCAUUUGCUUUUGGAGCCAAACGACUGGCAAGAUUGCUUGAGUGCCCAAAAGACAACUUGAUUUUUGAAGUUAAUCAGUUCUUUAUGAAUACAUGGGAAAGACAUGGAAGUGGUAAUCGACCUGAUGCACCCAGGCGUCGGUCAUGGCGCUUGAGAUUAUCAACUCCAGAUAGUCCUCAUGAAUUUGGGAAUUCUGAUAAUUGUACCAGUGGCAGAAAGGUCAAAGAAAACUCUUCUGCUCAUGGGAUGGAGGGUGAGGGUAUUCGCACCAGUGGUGUUUCCUCUCAACAUGGUAAAAGUUCAUCUAGAAUGAUGCCAAUUACAAGUGAACUGUCUACAGCUUCUAGCGCACACAGCUUAAAAAGCCAGUUCAAUGUGAACAGUUUGCGGGUCACUGAUCAAAUUGGAGGACAUACCUUCUCAAAUCAGGUUGUACUUAAUGAUAAGUUUCAGAGAGAUCUGAAAGAGGAUCAUCCGGUGAAUGACACCCAGGGACGUCUCCUUUUUGCCCGAACACGCUCCAGCCCUGAACUGACUGAUACCUAUAGUGAAUUCUCAUCUCAAGUACAACAUAACAGACAAGCAGAAACUGCUGAUGCUCAUGCUACUUAUUCUAGGCUGGAUUCUAGUAAUAGGAAGAAGCAUAACGGACCAGAAAGCUUGGUAAGCCACAGCAGUCCUCCUUCAGUUGGAGAUACUUCAUCUGUGAGGCAUGUUCCAUCCCAGAGAAGUCAUGAUGCUGCUGACACUUCGAAUAGCUACCACCGAGAUUUGGGCUUAGAUGCCUUGAGCGAAGAGUUCUCAACCUCCUCUGCAGCACAGUUGAUGCAACAGGAAGAGCAAGAUAUUGUAAACAUGAUGGCGUCUGCUUCACUUCAAGGGUUCAAUGGUCAAGUUCAUGUUCCAUUCAAUCUAACUUCAGGUCAUCUACCUUACUCUAUGCUGCCAUCCUUUCUUGCUUCAAUGGGAUACACUCAACGAAAUAUUCCGGGGAUUUUUCCUACAAAUAUUCCUCUGAUGGAUCCAUCAUUUUCACAUGUGCAAUUUCCUCAAGGUUUAGUUUCACCCCAAUUGAAUCAUUAUUUCCCUGGCAUUGGGCUGAACCCAACUGAAGAUUCAGUUGAGCGCAGCAAUGAAAACUUUGGUCCAUCGGAUAUGAACACCAGAGAAACUGAUCAUGAUUUCUGGCAGGAGCAAGAUGUCAGCUCCUCUAGCGGCUAUGACCCUGAGAAUGGAAAUUUUGACCGGCUCCAAUCUGAUCAGAAACCACCAAUAUCUUCUUCUGGUUUAAAAUAUGUUCCUCCGCAAUCUCGAGUAAGUGGCUCUAGCAGCGGUACAAGAGUUCAGCAGAAGCAUCUGAGUGAAAAAUGUGGUGCUGUGAGGGAAAAUAUUGAUCGUUUUCCAAUCCAGGAUAUUAGAAGUAGUGAGGUUAAUACAGAAGAAAGGUCAACCAGUUCAAGGUUCUCAUCAGCUACUCAAGGUAAUUCUUUGAGAAGUAGAACUUCUUCGGAGAGCUCCUGGGAUGCAUCAUCCAUAAAGGCGCCUAAAACUACUAAAGAAAAAAGGGAAAAGAAAAUAGUUUCUGGGGAUAUUGCUGCCAGCCAUGGGAAAGGCAAAAUUCUGUCUGAGCAUGUGUCUGAUGACACGGAUGAUGACGACCUGGACUGGAGUUCAUUGUUAAAUCUGGGUACUGAAAUCGUCAAGAUGCACCCUGGGUGUGAUUUAGUUGCUCCUUUGCAGGUCCCUAGGCACCAUAUGCCUAGCUUUGAAGUUGCUCAGACUAGUGGAUCAGAUCCAAUGAUCCCCUUGGCCCCAAUGUUCUUAGGCCCUGGUGCGAGGCAGAGAACGAAUGAUAACUCUGGGCUAGUUGCAUUCUAUCCAACUGGGCCACCAAUCCCAUUUUUAACAAUGCUUCCAGUGUAUAAUAUUCCACCUGAGCCUGGUGCUUCGGAUGCAUCAAGUGGCUAUUUUGCAGGUGAUGAGACCUUGGAUAACAGUGAGUCUGGGAUGAGUUUUAGUCCCAAGGAAUUUGAUCAGUCAGAGGAUGUAAAUCCCGUAAGUUCUUUAGGGGGCCCUACCAGUAUUGUGACAUCUGAAGAACAGAAGUCUGAUAUUCUUAAUAGUGACUUUGCUAGCCAUUGGCAAAACUUACAAUUUGGAAGGUUCUGUCAAAAUCCACGGUAUCAAGGACCUUUACUGCAUCCUUCACCUGUAAUGGUACCACCGGUUUAUCUUCAGGGCAGAUUUCCUUAUGAUAACCCUGGCAGACCACUUUCAACCAAUACAAAUCUAUUCUCUCAACUUAUGACGAGUUAUGGCCACCGUCUGGUUCCUGUUGCUCCCGUCCCAUCAGUUUCCAGUAGACAUCCUAAUAUGUAUACACGCUACAUGGAUGAUGUCCCAAGAUAUCGUAGUGGGACAGGAACUUACCUGCCUAAUCCUAAGGUUUCUGUAAGGGAGCGUCAUUCCUCUGGUAGCAGAAGGGGAAACUAUAACCAUGACAGAAAUGAUAGCUUCAGUGACAGAGAGGGGAGCUGGAAUGCUAAUUCAAAAUCACGGGCUGCUGCACGCAGUCACAGCCGCAGCCAAACUGAUAAACCAAACUCAAGAAUGGAUCGGUUCACUCAUAGUGAGAGUCGAUCUGACCGUUCGUGGAACUCAUACAGACACGACUCACUCUCUUCGUCCCGAUCUCAGAAUGGCCAGUUGCACUCAAAUUCUAGUCAAAAUGGUCCUCAGAGUGUGGCAUAUAGCAUGUAUCCUUUAGCAGCCACAAAUCACAAUGGAGUUUCUAAUGGUCCUUCUGUUCCGCCAGUUAUGAUGCUGUACCCAUUCGAUCAUAAUGCCACCUAUGGUUCUCGUAAUGAACAAUUGGAGUUUGGUUCUCUGGGUCCAGUCGGGUUUUCAGGUAUAAAUGACCAAUCACAAUUAAAUGAUGGUAUUCGAGCCAGGGCCUUUGAGGAACAUAGACUUCAUGGGAGCUAUGGGCACCUUUCUUCACCAGAUCGACCCUCUUCCCCUCAUCAUCAGAGGAGGGUUUGAUGAUCAUUCCAGCUCAGGCGUCCUAGAGAACAAUCAGUUGAAGGAGGAUGAUAUUCUCCUUUCUAAAGUUGUAGACUGAAAGUCAUGGCAGAUUUCGUUUCCCCUAACUUUGACAAGUGGUUAAUGAUGCAGCUGGGAUUGUAUGUUUGUCUUGUAGUUUUGCACAGUGGUCAUCAAUUAGCACAGUUUUUGUAUGUAGAUUAGCUAGCCGACAUAUGACCUCCAUCCACUCGAGGAGCCGGGAGGCAAAGGAAGGAGUAGUAGUUGCUCAGGUUUUUGCCUCUUUAGUGAUCUUUUCCUGUCAUAGGCCCUAACACAUUGUAAUCUCAUUGAAAUAGAUCAAGAGUUUCAGUUACUAAUUUUUUUUUUGGUUCCCCAUAAGUGGUGGUAGGAUUUUUGGAUUAUAAAAUCCCUUUGUAUUAGGUUCAACUUACACUUGGGCAGGAUGUUAACACUUAGAAAUAUGAAUGGCAAAGAUAAAUUUUGAUUGCCGUUUGCUAUGCGACUUUCUUAGUGCAGGUCA